CAAUUCUUGGGAUUAUUGUUGUGGAUGGGACUUGUAAAAGUGAGCCCUAUAGCCAAUUAUUGGGCCAAAAACGAAUUGUACAAUUUCUGGCUACCGCGUCGAAUUAUGUCACGAAACAGAUUUGAACUAUUAUUGUGCAACUUUCAUUUUGUCGAUAAUAUGUCCAUUGUCCGUGAUGACCGGCUUGGUAAAAUACUUCCAUUUUUCAACAAAUUGCAAGGAAAGUAUCAGGAAGCUUAUACGCCUAGAGAAGACAUUGUUAUCGAUGAAACGUUAAUUUCAUGGCGUGGAAGACUCAUCUUCAAACAAUACAUUCCAAAUAAAGCGCACAAGUACGGAAUCAAAUUAUUCAAAUUAUGUUCAAGCGAAGGAUACACAUGGGCAAUGAAACUAUACUCUGGUAAAUCAGCAGAAGGUAUUAGAGAAACCGGAUUGGCACACAAUGUGUGUCUACAACUGGCAGAGAAACUUUUCGAUCAAGGAAGAACAUUGUACAUUGACAAUUUUUAUACAAGCUAUGAGUUAGCUAUAUCAUGCCUAAGACGCAAGACUCAUGUAGUUGGAACACUUAGACAUAACAAAAAAUCUAUCCCAAAAGAUGUUCUUAAUUGCAAACUAAGAAGGGGAGAAAUGGUAGUUAAAGAGGAUGAUAACGGAAUUAUGAUACUCAAAUGGAGAGAUACACGUGACGUGAGAAUAUUAUCUACGAAACACGCUCCUAUCAUGACACAAAGCCCAAAAAACAUUCGUGCUGCUUCUUCAAGCCAGCAGCCAUCCGCAAGACUCAAACCUCUGGCUGUCCUCAAAUAUAAUAAGGGUAAAUGUGGUAUAGAUUAUUCAGACCAAAUGGUUUCCUGUGCCACGACGAUGAGGAAAGGAAUCAAGUGGUAUAGAAAGCUUCGUGUUGAACUUCUGCUGGGGACGUCAAUUGUAAACGCUUUGGUCGUUUACAAAAUUGCGACAAAAAAAGCUGUAAAUAUUAGACGAUUCAGAGAACUGAUUACUGCAAAGUUACUAGGACUGAGUGAAGAUUUAACCGUGCCUUCGGUUCGACGAAAUACGCAUUGCAUCGCCGUUCGCAGAAAUAAAAGGGAAGAACUGGAACGAUCAAAGGCACGAGCAAAUCUCAGAAAACCUACUACUUUUUGUCCAAGCUGCCCUGGUCAACCACAACUUUGCAGUGAAUGCUUCAAUAUUUUGCACUGUAAAUAA